UUCAGUCCCCAUCCACUGGGGUUCGAAGGAUUAGGUUUUGCUUCAUCUUCUCAUUCGUGGUUCGUCUGCCGCAUUUUCUCACAGUAAAAAAUGUCCCUCUCUCUAGGAUCUAUUUUUCAUGGAUUCCCAGUGACUAGAGAUUUUUCUUGAUUCCUCAUUGUCUUCACUUAACUGUGUCUAUCUAUCUAUCUAUCUAUCUGUUUAAUUAUCGAAAAUUUGAUAAAUGGCCACUAUAAACCCAUUUGAUCUUUUGGGUGAUGAUGACACGGAGGAUCCAAGUCUGCUCAUUUCUGCUAUGCAGCAGAAAGCUCCGGCUCCGGCUCCGGCCAAGAAGGCUCCAGUUCAGGCUCAGCAGGCGGCUAAGCCUGAAGCUAGGCUUCCAGCUAAGCCUCUACCACCUGCUCAGGCUGUGAGGGAGGCAAAGAAUGAAGGUGGUCAGCGUGGAAGAGGUCGUGGUGCGGGACGCGGGGGUGGUCGUGGCCGUGGAUAUAAUCGAGAUUCUGCUGACAAUGAAAAUAAAUUUGGAAACAACAAUGGGUUUGCUGGUCAGUACAGGGUUUCAGAAGAUGGAGAUGCUGGAAAUCCAUCUGAAAGGCGACCACACGGUGGACCUCCAAGAGGUGGGGAUUUCCGUGGUGGUCGUCGUGGUGGUUUCAGUAAUGGGGAGACUCCUGAUGGUGAACGUCCUCGAAGGGCAUUUGAUCGCCGCAGCGGAACUGGGCGCGGAAACGAGUUUAAACGUGAGGGAUCUGGUCGUGGAAAUUGGGGGGCACCCACUGAUGAGAUUGCCCAGGAAACUGAAGAACCUGUUACUGAAGGAGAAAAGAACAUUGAUGCUGAGAAGGAACCUGAACAAGAUGUCACUGAUGCUAACAAGGAUUCUUCUGCAAAUGAACAAGAAGAGAAGGAGCCUGAGGAAAAGGUGAUGACUCUGGAGGAGUAUGAGAAAGUACUGGAAGAGAAGAGAAAGGCACUGCUCGCUAUUAAAUCUGAGGAAAGGAAGGUCAAUUUGGACAAGGAACUUGAAUCCAUGCACCUUCUGUCCAACAAGAAAAAUGAUGAUGAAGUCUUUAUCAAAUUGGGUUCUGAUAAAGAUAAACGAAAAGAAGCUGUUGAGAAGGCCAAAAAGGCUGUAAGUAUAAACGAGUUUCUGAAGCUGGCUGAAGGGGAGAGCUCGUACCAAUCCGGUGGCCGUGGCAGGGGCAGGGGACGUGGUAGAGGAAGCUAUGGUGGAAGCAAUAGGAACAACAAGCAAGCCCCAGCUAUCGAAGAUGUUGGACAGUUCCCUUCCUUGGGUGGAAAGUAAGGGCUUGCAACCUGCUUUCCCGAGAUUGUAUCUUUAUGGGUCAUGUCUGCUAUAACAAUCCAUUGUCCUUCAUUGAAAAUCAUCUGAAAAACUUUGCAGUCAUUUUAAGUGUAAAUUUAGAUGGGUUUAAAGGGUUUUUACGGACUUUGACAUUCAUGAACUCUCUCUCAGUCAUAGCAUUAGGGAUUUUUUAAAUCUUUGAUCAAGUUCAUGGGUCAGUUUUUUAAAUUUGGAGUUGGAUUUGAAACAGUUUUGUUUGAUUCCAAAUAUUGGGGUUGCUGAAAGUUUCUGUACGUGCCAGUUUUCAGUGCC